UUUAGGAUAACAAGAAUAUGCUUUGGAAACGGAACGGUUCACUGCGAGAGCGUUUUUGUUGAUGUUUAAAUUAUUGGCUUUUCGCUUAAAAGAUAUUUUUGGAAAUAUUUGUUUUUACAAGUAACAUAUUUUAAAGUUAUUUUGUUAUGAAUACUACAGAUGACAAAUAAAUGUAAAUUGACGUAUUUUAAUGGAAGAACACAGAUCGGAAAUUGUGUUUAAUAUAUAAAAAAUACAUCUAUCCAUAAAGAGUUCUUCCAACAUAGUAAAAGUGGUAUUUUAUUUUGGAAUGUGUCUAUAAAUAAAAGUUUUAAUAAAAAUUUAAAAAUGCGGGUGCAAAGUAUUUACAUUUGGUUUAUAGUUUGGCCAAUACACACGUUUUUGGCAAACAUUGUAAAUUCUUGUCCGGUUAGAUGCCAGUGUAAAGCAGCCUCAGAUAAUAGCUCCAAUGUACGAGUUAAGUGCGGUGGCAUUACAGAGACACCUAUCUCCAAUUGGGAAAACCUAGACUUUUCUGAAAUUGGACAACAUUUGAUUUCGCUUGACUUAAGCAAUAAUGCAUUUACAAGCAUCCAAAGUGACGAUCUCAAUAGUUUAACACAGCUGAAACGGUUAGAUUUGUCUUCAAAUCUGUUGAGAAAAAUUGACAAAGACACAUUUGGAGCAUCACUAAUUAAUUUGGAACGUUUAAAACUGAGUAAAAAUGCUAUUAGACAUAUAUUUUCUGGUUCCUUUGAAUUUAUGCAAAAUUUGAAGUACCUGGAUAUUUCAAAUAAUCCUCUAGUAUGCAACUGUGAUUUAGUUUGGCUCUUAGCGUGGACUACUGAUCGCGUCAUAAAAAUGCAGCCUUCACCUAAGUGCGAAUCACCUGUAUAUUUUAAAGAUACUUUCUUGAAAAAACUAAGGGUUGGCGUGGAUUUACAUUGCGAAUCUCCUUUACAAACAUUUUUGGAACUAAUACCAUUAAAAAAUCAGAUUGUUUUUGAAGGAGAUCAACUAGUUCUAAAAUGUCGCGCUCCCCGUGUUGCCAUAGAGGUAGCUCGAGAAUCAGAAGACAUUCUUUCAUCACGGGCCCAUAUCUUUUGGGGUUGGUCAGAAAAAGUUCGCCGCUCUAACUCAACUGAUGAUAUAAUUUACAACGACCCAGAGAAAGUUUUUACCGAUGUUAAUAUCUCAACAAAGCACAUCUCUGACUCUGGUAUACUCAAUUCUAUCCUCAAAAUUGAACAAAUUUCUAAAAAUCAUUCUGGAAUGUGGGAUUGCACAUUAAAUUCACAACAGGCGAAUUUAUCUAAAGCAAUUACAGUAGUUGUAAUAGCAAAAGACACCACAUACUGUAAAGCCACAAUAGUUCGAUCAAAUAAGGGAACUUAUUACUGGCCCCAAGCUAUACGUGGAGAAACUGUUAGUCAGGGGUGUGCUGAAAAUGAAGAGCUCAUAGUCACAUACAAUUGCAAUGCAAUGGGAGAAUGGGAAAACUUAGAUACAAGUGUUUGCCCCUUCGUAAGUGAAACUACAAAAAUUUUAGAGCAUUUUUCAAAAAUGAAUUUUACAAAAAAUAACGCAUUCGAAAUUGCUGAACGGCUACAAAAUUUCACACACACUCAAAUAUAUUUGAAUAAUAUUAAGGAUCCUGUGGAUUUGGAAUUCAUUGCACGCACUUUGAAGAAAUAUUUGGACUACAUAUCGUAUAAGCAAGAUAUGCCAUUCUUAUUACUAAGUAUGGUAUCAAACCUUUUAUUGUUGCCAAAGCGUCUGUUUGAAGAAGCGCAAACCAAAUUUGGAACAUGUCUUAGUUUUUUGAAUACGAUCGAAACAGCAUCAUCGCAUGUUCAGUCUUUACCACCCACUGAUCAAGACAUCAGAAAUGACCAAUUGUCUAUUUCCAGAAAUAUUUUCGUGGACUUUUUCAACAUUCAUGUUGAUUCAUUUACUGGUAUAUCGUGCACAUGGCUAAAUAGUGUUAAUAACUUAGAACAUCGUAACUUUGAAUGUAGCUCUUCUAAUGACACCUUUCCUAUGUUCGAGAGGUAUAUCGAUGCUGCUAUUCAGAUUCCUGUAACUUCCUUGUUCGAUAAAACUGAAAAAUCAAUUAGACUUAUGGUUGCACUGUUUCGAAAUGGAAAUCUGUUUGGCCUUAUGGACAAAAAUAGUAAUUUUCCAGAAGUACAACAUUUACUGCUGACAUCUGCAGUUAUCGGAGCUAGAAUAUCAAAAGAGUCAAUGGAGUCAUUACCGUUAGUUGAUAUAAGUGAUAAAAUAUUCAUCAUGUUACGAGUACAUCCUUUUCAUAAUGAAAAAAGUUCGCCGAUACCAGCGUGGUGGGAUGAUAAUUUAAAUAUUUGGAAUCCCCGGGAAUGUCGAAAGUUGUAUUUUCACCGUGGCCUAUUGUUGUUCACUUGUAGUCGGUUGGGUUACUAUGGGCUUCUGCAACGCCCUGAAUACCUAAAUGACUACAUAACUGAAGGGUCAGGGGCUACUUUUAGAUUCGCACCUGUAAGCGUAUAUAUAGGAAGCGUAGUUGUUUUCUUAUGUUCGUGGAUUAAUAUAACUACUUUUGUAAUUUUUCGCAAAGCAAUUCGAAUGAAUCGUCAACAAAGGCACUCUCUGGUGAAUAUUUGGCUGUCAGUUUCAUUUUUAUCAGCCGUGUUUGUACUUGGAAUAUACCAAACAGAAUAUCCUCAUAUUUGCCGGGUAGUUGGAAUUUUAUUACAUUACUUUUCUUUAUCUGUUUUGUUAUGGCUGUGCGUAUGUCUUAGCAAUUUGUACAAAGGUUUAUCCAAAUCUUAUCAAGUAGCCUCUGAACCUGACGUGCCCAAGGAAGUACAAUUUAAAAAACCAAUUCUUAGUAUAUACUUAGUGGGCUGGGGUAUUGGAAUGAUAAUUUGUGGUAUAUCGAGCGCAGUUAAUGUCAACGAAUAUGCUUCAUAUUCAUUUUGUUUUCUACAUAAUUCAUCGUCAUUGAACGCAUUAUUUGUUCCGGCUAUAAUACUUUUAAUUUUUCUUGUUAUACUAAUGCUAUGUAUAUAUUGUCAUAUGUCUCAGAGAGCCGUAAAUGUGUUGUCAAAUAAACACUUUGCCGAUAAUACAAUGGCUACCGAAAAUAUUGAUUUAGACUGGCUGGACUUAAAGCAAAACACUGUGCCACGGGUUAAUCAUAAUUCUACAGGGGUCGACCAAUAUAGAAGUCUUACCCUUAGUAAUCCAGUGAGCAGUAUAAUCGAUGACUUCGAAAGAUCUAAUAUAACACAUUUGAGAGCUCAUUUACUAUUUUUGAUCCUAUUCAUGGUAUCCUGGAUAUCAGCAGCAAUAUUUGUUCACCAGAGUUCAGAAAAUUUAAUGACUAGUCGAAUGUACAGUAUGGUGUUUGCGGUAUCUUGCUGUUUGCUGGGAUUAUUUUUAAUUCUAUUCUACACAUUGUCUAGAAAUGAUACAAGAAGCGCUUGGGGGCGAAGAUUUUGUUUAACAAAUGCCAAUUGUAAAAGCUAUCAUCAGAGUUACUAUGAUGCAAAUGUGCCUUCCGCUUUGCCAGCAAAUAAAACCUCAGCCAUUUAUGAUGUAAGUAUGUCCGGAUCCCGAACAAAUAGCCAAUGCUCAAGACAUCGUAGUAGUAGUGUUCGCAGUAUGAAAAGCAACUCACAUAAAACCGAUCAAAUUUUACAAAAUCUCGAUUGUCCUUUACUCGGCACAGUCUCGUCAAACGUAAAUCAAACAUCUAUCAUCAACAAUCACCAUAUGGCUGUCAACAGUCUAACCACUGUCCCCAUCACUAGCGAAAUACCAAGUGCUGAAAUAUUUUAUAAUCCCAAUCAAAUAAUAGUAGCGAGAAAGUUUUUUAAAAAACAAAAGCGCUUAGCGAAACGCAAUAAUUUUGAACUUCAAAGGCAAGUGGAGCGCGUUGAAUAUUUGGACAACGUUAGUGACAUCUCAUCUUUGACAGGAAGUGAAAAUGCGCACAUCUAUUCGGAACGACACAAUGCUAUUACCCUAUUAAGAGGUGGUAGCAAAGUGAACAAUACAAACAUCUAUUAUAAAUCGAACGCCUAUACAAAUGCUGGCUCUAAGUCGCCACACUAUACGCCGAUGGAGAAUUAUCGAAAUGGCUUAGCUAUGUCUAGAAUGAAUUCCGAUUGUUUUGUACAAAACCGCCCCUGUGCAUCCGAUUUUGUUGCAAAUAUAUAUACUAAUAUACCUGAGACAAAAGAACCGAAACAUGAAAUCAUAAAAGUUAGGAACUCAAAUCGACCAAAUAAACCCAGUUGUGUUGAGACUCUAAGUGAGCGUGAAGAAGAAAUUGAAAAUGAAGAUGACUCUUUGGAUGAACAAAAAGUUCCGUUAUAUCAAAAUGCAUCGGCAGUUUCCUCAGCAAUUUCGUUCCCAGCAGAACCUGAAUUGCUUAAGCAUUCUAGCCCAUUGAAGGCUCCAUCACCAUUAAUCGAAAAUGAAGAUGUUGAUGCAAUGAAUAGUGUGGGUUUACCAAGUGUUACAAAUUAUGAAAUAAGUAAACCAUCAGAGACAUUUGAUUUAAAGCCAGACGAGAUUUAUAUAUCGAACGCAUUACACAUUACAAACCAAAUUAACAUUGAAGAAUCCUCUAGGACGGGUAUUUUAAUUCGACACAACCCAAAACAUUCCAAGUCACUUAACAAUCUACAUGAUUCCAUUGAUACUUCAAAUAGAUUUUUGAAUAGCGAACAUUCAAAUAAUUCAUCAAAUUUUAGUUUAGAGAAUGGUAGAGUCGGUUCCUGGAAUGUCAGUUCUUUAAGUGUACCAUUUUUGCUUAGUGACAAACAAAGGACUCCUAAAUGCCGUAAACUAAAACAGGCCGAGUUUGCCGAUAAAUAUGAGUCUGCCAGCGAAAAUAAUGUCUUCAGCAUACCACACGCAAAUACCGCUCAUUCGAUUAGUCCGACAAAUGAAAGUGAUUUGAAUUACCAAAAUUCUGAAAUUAGCAUACGAAGUCAUGGCUUAUACGAACCUCAGCCUGACAACGACUUAAAUAUUACAUUAACCGAAGAGUUUCCCUAUCAGUCUUCAAACACUAGCGACACAGAAGAUCCGCUAAAUGAUUUUGAAGAUGAAAAUCCUAAAAGUGAUUAUUCGUUAGGACAUCAAAUGAGUGAAAACGAUCCAUCAAUUGAUGAACUAUAUGAAGCUAUUAAACAUCAUCACACUCCCACCAUUGCUACCAGCACAGAUGGAAGCAAUAAUUUGAAACACAUGGAUACUGAUGCGGAGGUAGCAUCAAUGCCGAUUACGACACCUUCAUCUCAACCGAAAUCAACAAGCCUUUCGUCAUAUAGUGUGGUAGCGAAACCGCUUGUAGAAGCAUCUAAUGAUGCAGUUGAGGAUGACAGUAGUCAAAGUAGCAUAAUUUCUUAUAUAGACCAAAAAGUUAAGAGAAGUUAGAAAUUAAAUCUCCAUUGCUGAAAACUUUAACGUUGACUUGCCAAGGGUGUAACGUUAUUGCCAAUCCAAAGUUAAGUUGUUCUAUUUACCCAACUUCAGACAAGCAAUAUAAUGAUUUAAAAUAAGCAAAUUUACUUCGCAAAUGUUGGCGAAUUGCGCUUUUCUGACUAAAAGAGUAUGAAUACAAGUGAUUAAUUAAAGCUUACUGUGAUGAAAUAUUUUACAAGCUACCACAUGGGCUCUUAUUAAGCUUGACUUACUCAGCAAUUUUUAAGUUUUUAUAACUUAUAUACAUAGGUAUGUACAAUUGAAAAUCAUUGUUUUUAGUAUUUAAGACACUUUUUAUUCUGAUGUUGGAAUCAACCUAGAGAACUGAAGUCAUACAAAGAAUAUUACAUAAGUUUUUUUCUAAAAAAAUAGCAUAUUUCGUGUCUAUAAUAGAAACUAAACAUUAUAAACAUAAAUUAUUGCAUAAGAAUAUAACAGAUAAGGCUGUUUUGGCACUGAAGCGGAGGCAACUCAGUUGAGCGUAACAUGUCUUGACUGCUAUCUUCGUAGCCAAAGAUGUAAUAUAUAGUAUAAAUAAUAGUUAUAAAAUAAAUUCGUAAAUAAUUUGUACAUUUUAACUUGUAUUAUGUUUUAUGUAGUAAGAUAAAAUAAACACAAAUUUUAAAAAUA